GAAAGGGGAGGGAGGGAGGGAGGGAAUAGGAAAAGAAAGAGAGAAAGAAGAAAAAGAAAUAGUGAUACUUUGAGAGGCUGUCAAGCGACAUGUUUAUUGGUCAAGUAUGUAGGUAAGGUGCAUGCUGCCAGGAGGGGCUGCGGCAGAGAAGGCAGGGUCCUGCUGGGUGAGGGUGGGCGCGGGGGCAGCCCCUGCUCAGCCCUGCAUUGCUACACAGAAUGGCAGGUCCUAUGUGGCCUGGUCUUCUGAUUUUUCAGGAGAAAUCAGGAACUUGAGGUGUAUGCGAAAUCUUCUGAUUUUUAAAUAUUGGCAACUAAUUUGCUUAAAAAAAAAACUAUGAGCGAAUCAACAAAAGUGUUUACUGGUGGGCUCCACCUGCUGCCUUAGGCUGGGGUAUGGAGAGGCAGGAGACCGAUGUUGAUAAGAGCCAGCGCGCACAGUGGAGUUUCAUAAAUUCCGCCGGAGAGCUGGAAAGGUGAUCGAGACUACUGUGGCUCUUCAGAGGCCUCUCUUCUAAUUUAUUUUAAAAAGAUCAGGGUACUUGGAGGUCAGACGGCUCUCUUCAGAGCUAUCCGAAGACUUCCUCUCCUUUAUCUCAUACAAUCUGAUCCAAACUCAGAAAGCUAGGCUACUGUCUGCAGGAUGGGCCUGUCUCCAUCUCUCUGUACCUCCGGGAGCAGCCCGGGUGCCUGUAAGAAACCAGGGCUUCGAGUUGGCAUUUGCCUUCCCUGGGGCUUACAGAUGGGCUUCCUGUGAUCAGGGCCCAGUAUAUGGACAAAUCUGAGUGUAAAAUAGGGUGAUACAUUGGUGGGGGGAGCCACACUCCCACCCACUGAGGUCUGUCCCCAUCCUCCCUCCUCACCCACUUCCCUGUCAUUUACAGAAAAAGGCAGCCUCGAGGUGGGAGGGGGUGUAGGGUGAGCUUCCCUCCCAAUCUGGUGAGCCUGGAGAUUUCUGGAAGCUGAGCAUUUUGGCAAGGGCUCAGGAGAUAGAGUUACUAACCUUUCUUCCCCCACAAAAGCCUGUUAAUGCUCUAGCUUCUGAAAUGAUUAUUGCAAAGAAAUUAAACCUUGGAUGGAGUCAGCCACAGCAUCUCUACCCGUGGUGUGGAACUAUUGAAACACAGCGACCUCCUCCGCCUGCCCUCACACACGCGGUGAUAGCCGCCGGCCUUCCCAUUCUGCAGAGCCCUGAGCUUGUGUCUCGGUGAAAGCAGCCUCAUUGUCUGAGGUGUCACCGAAGUUCUUGGUCUCAUGGCCACGGAAAUCAAGGACACAGAUUUCCUACCAGAGGGCCAGCAACGAUGACCAUCAUGGUGGAGGACAUCAUGAAGCUGCUGUGCUCCCUUUCCGGGGAGAGGAAGAUGAAGGCGGCAGUCAAGCACUCCGGGAAGGGUGCCCUGGUCACAGGGGCCGUGGCCUUCGUCGGGGGUUUGGUGGGUGGCCCACCGGGACUUGCCGUUGGGGGUGCUGUCGGGGGGCUGUUAGGUGCCUGGAUGACAAGUGGGCAGUUUAAGCCAGUUCCUCAGAUCAUAAUGGAGCUGCCCCCUGCCGAGCAGCAGAGGCUCUUUAACGAAGCCACAGCCAUUAUCAGGCACCUGGAGUGGACGGACGCCGUGCAGCUGACCGCACUGGUCAUGGGCAGUGAGGCCCUGCAGCAGCAGCUGCUGGCCAUGCUGGUGAACUACGUCACUAAGGAGCUGCGGGCCGAGAUCCAGUACGACGACUAGGCCGCACCUCCGGGGAGGUGGGGGACUCUUUAGAUGACUCUGUGACACUGAAGAGGUGGCUUGGGAGCUGGGAGAAGCCCAGUGGAUGCCCCUGGGGAACCUCCACAUCAUCAGUGUACUGCUAGCAACGUCCUGCUGGAGAGGCGACCUCCAUGCAGUGUCACGUUCCAGAAAUUACUUAUGAAGAAGCAUGUGCCGGCGUCGUGUGCACCGACGUGCCAUGACAGCCCUCUGACCCGCCCUCCAGUGAAGAGGAAAGGCCUGCCUGCCGCAGGUUUCAGUGGCAUCUACUGAAUCCUCUCACCCGCGUGGGUCUGGGGAAAUGAAUCCUGCUCAGCCAAUGGUCUGACCACGCCUCAUCCUCCCCCGGGGGCCUUCUCAUCUUGGGAGAUGACUCCUCUUCCAAACACCUCCUGCAGGACUGGAGGCCGCCCCUCUGCAGGCCCUGGGGUCUCGGAGCCUUGGAGCGGCCCUUGCUGGAAUCACGUUUACCUCUUAGUGCAGCCCUCCCCUAACCAGGGACCGCCAAACAGCCCCAUGGAGGGGAGAGGCGGCCUGCUGAGUGAAGCCUCAAGCACCAAGUGGACUUGACCCCCCAGUGGACUUGACCCCAGCCCCCACUAGCUGCACACCUAGACUCGCCCUCCCAGGGCCUCGCUCUUCCCAUCUGAAAAGUCACAGUAGUACUUGAGGUUUACUUCUCAAAUGAAAUAUUCGUAGCAAAAAGAUCAGGCAUACCUCAGAGAUAAUGCGCAGUAGCAUUAUGUCUAAAAAAAUGUACAAACCUUAAUUUAAAAAUAUUUAUUGUUCAAAAUGCUGACAGAGACACAAAGUGGGCACCUGCUGUUGGAAACAUGGUGCCAAUCGACUUGCCUGAUGCAGGGCUGCUACAAACCUUCCGUUUUUGAAAAAGCACAGUAUCUGCAAAGCAUAGUAGAGACAGGUAUGCCUGAAUUGCUCCUGCUGAAGUGGUGUGAUAUAAAGCAUCUCUAAGGAAUUUUUCCACCCUCAAGAUUUCCCCAGUACAGUCAGCUCUCUGUAACCGUGGGUUCCACAUUUGGAUCCAACCAGCCUUGGAUAGAAAAUAUUUGGGAAAAAAAAUGCAUCUGUACUGAACACGUACAGACCUUUUUUUUCUUGCGCUUAUUCCUUAAACAAUAUGGUAUAGCAUAUUUACAUAGCAUUUAUAGUGUAUUUGGUAUUAUGAGUAAUCUAGAGAUGAUUUAAAUUAUGCAGGAAGGUGUGUGUAGGUUAAAUGCAAACACUCUGCCAGUGCCUAUCAGGCACUUGAGCGUCCUCAGAUUUUGUGUCUGAGGGUUGGGGGUGCAGUCCUGAAGCCCGUCCCCCGUGGAUACUGAGGCAUAGCUGUACUGUGUGUUUUCACUUUGCUUUCAGAACUACAACUGCAGUGCGAUUGAUUACAAUAAAUGUUUUUCUAAAAAGUCAUUUUCCCACAUAUUUUGUGUAAAGUAUCUCUAACACUCAGAAUCUUACAAAUGGAACAAGAGGGGAAGUACCAGAUUUGUGGCUUUAAAGAAUCCAAGAGUGGGCCAGGCGAGGUGGCUCAUGCUUGUAAUCCUAGCGCUUUGGGAGGCCAAAGUGGGAGGAUCGCUUGAGGCUAAGCGUUUGAGACUAACCUGGGCAACAUCGGGAGACCUCCAUCUCUACAAAAAAUGUAAUUUAUUGAUCCCCAGCUCCUGGGGCAGGGCAAGGACUUGGGACUCUCCUCUCAGCCCCUGGGGGCUCGGAGGGAGGCACUUGUGCCGAGCCUCCUUAGAGGAAAGCUCAGUAUCCCAGCGCCUCCGUGUGUGUAAGGACCUCAGUGUGAAUUAUAACCCAUGGUGAUUAAGGUAGGGCUGAGCCUUUCUCUUGCAGAGCGACUGCUCUUCGGCUGGCCUCGUCUUGCACAAAUCAGGUGCCCUAACACAGGCCACACUCCUGGAGUUAAUGAAGCCGCCUUAAUCAUUUAGGUGCCAUUUGAGUUGAUGGGGGACAGGGCAGGGGUGGGAAGGAGAGGUUGUCUGUGAAAACUGAGGGUGGCCUUUCUUGAUGAACUGAUCAUUCUUGCUCUUCCUGCAAAUAAGUCCUUCAUACCAUCCCUGGAUCUAAAAACGGAAAAUCAGGGCAUACCCACCUCCCAGUUUGCUGUAAGCUUUAGUGGGCUCUAAAGUUGCCCUGUUUCGUGUAAAGGAAAGAACAUUGAUUUGUGGACAGCAUGAGAAUGAGAUGUUUGGGUUCAGUGCUUCAAAGUUGGGAGACACUUUUUCCAUGUUAAAACAAAUGCCACCUUCUCCAGCUGCUUAAAGCAAAUCCCCCUGGAACAAUCAGGGCUGAAAUCGACCCCCCUCAUUUCUACUCGUGCCUCAGGUCCCAGUCUGUGUCAGGUCUAAGGGACAUGGGUGGUCCCGGCUCAGAGGCCCCAUGUCCACUGCAGCCCCUCCCACAGCCUGCCCACCCCUCCCACAGGGAAAAACACACAGGGAACUGAUGGUCCAACUCCUGACCAGUUUUGUGUCUGAUGGGGCAGGCCUUGCUGAGUGAAGAUGCUGAGACUACUGGGUCCUGGGGUGACUCGGAGGCUUUGGGUCCAAGAGGGCAGCCUGAACCCGAAGUCUCAUCUCCCCCAGGAGCUGAAAACACUGUUCUUGAUUUCUCCCAGGAAAUCAAGCUUCUGCUUCUCAGCUCCUGUGGUUUUAGUAUUUAUAUAUCUAUAUCUUCUUUGUAGAAAUUUAUUUAUUUUUGAAUAAGUAAUACCUGUCUGGUACAAAAUUUCAAAGGUGCAGAAAUUAAGAGAAGGCCUCCUCCCCAUGCUGACCCCAGAGGCAGCCACUGUUACCAAUUUCACGUGUAUUCCUUUAAGUGUUUUGAAAUAAGUCUCUGAAAUCUGCUCAUUUCCUUCUGUCAAUAUUCCUUGCUGAAAACCAAGAGAAACUCAGAAAGAAUAAUGACAUGAAAACCACAAAUUUCACCACCCAGAAAACUGCUGGUAACACAUUUGGUGUCUUUCCUGCAAUUGUUUUAAUGCUAUGUAUGUAUGUUUCUAAUGUACUCGCCUUCCUAUCCUGUAUACUCCUUGGAAUACCUUUAUCAAUGAAGGUUAAAUAACAUUUGUGAUGU